AUGCGUUGUAUAAUCGUCGUCUACUUGAUAUUUGUUGGCGCCAUUCAAGUAAAUGGUCAAGAUCUUAGUGGUAUAGCAUCAACUGUUUUUAACGAUCUUCUUAGUUCGGUUGUAUCACAAUGGGGUAAUAUGUCAUCAACGGAUUUAGCUUCAUUCAUCGAUAAACUUACUCAACCAGGGGGUUUAAAUCAUAUAUGGAAUGCACUUGAUUCUCAUUGUAAUUCACAUUUUGAUUGUGGUCCAGAUGCAUGUUGUCUUAAACCAACUCAUCUUGGAAAACGUGGUUUUACGGAUGGAAUCCAUUUACAUAUGUCAAGCUAUUGUUCACCUUUAAAAAAACUGAGCCAAACAUGUUCACUUUAUCAUAGUGGUGAAACAACAUCCACAUUUAGUUGUCCAUGUGCAAAAGGACUCCUAUGUAUUCCUGCUAGUACAUUUCAAAUUCAUCCAUUGAUUAGUAUUCAUAAAGAGCCUAUUUGCAAAGUUGCUUAA